AUUAGUUCCAACUGUUCAAGGGUUCUUCAAAUUAUAUACUGCGAUUUUGCUGAAAAAGUUGAACAUUUUCAUGAUGCUUGCAUACGUUUCGGUCAUCUUGAUAUGUAUUGGUACAUAUCACCUUAUCUCGUAUUAUCGUAAACGAUUACGUUUCAUGCAAGCAGCAAACGCUCUACCAGGCCCGAAAGCGUAUCCAAUUAUUGGAAAUGCUUACUACUUUUUCCAGACAAGUUUUGACGAUUUACUGCCCAGUCUGUAUAAGCUUGUGGAUAUUUUUCCUUCUCCAUUUCGAUUAUGGAUGGGCAAUAAGUUAAUUAUUAUUAUAUCCGAACCAGACCAAGCAAAGACGAUCCUCCAAAGCCGAUAUUGUUUAAACAAAAGCAAGUUCUAUGAUAUUUUCAAGCCGUGGAUGGGAACAGGAUUGUUUACAGCUCCUGCAUCCAAAUGGGUCAGACAUCGAAGAAUGUUAACAACGAGCUUCAAUACAAACAUAUUACGAGUAUUCUGCGAUACAUUUGUGAAACAAGCUUCAAUAUUUAUGGAAAAAUUAGAACACAUGACAAACGACGAAAUUGAUUUAGAUCAUCAUUUAGCGACGUGUACGUUGGACAUAGUUUACGACACUUUGUUGGGUAUCAAUUUGGAAUCGCAAUCAAAUAAAAAUAAUCAGUAUGCCAAAGCGGUGUCAAGAUUGAAAAAUAUAGUUAUACAUAGAUUGCGGAAUAUAUUUUUACAUUCCGAUAUGAUAUUUAACCUUACUACUCUAAACCGUGAGCAGCAGAAGCAUAUAAAUUAUCUAAAUUCUGUUGCAGAAGAAGUAAUACAAAAGGAAGACGCAAAAAAUAAUCUGCACUCUAUUAAAGCAGAAUAUGCAAAACCCUCAAAAAGGAUAUUUCUCGAUAUACUAAUGGAAGCGUCUGACGAAGGCAAGAAAUUUAAUCGCAAGGAAAUUCUCGAUGAGAUCAAUACAAUGAUGACAGCGGCAUCUGACACGACUGCCAUCACUAUGUAUUUUACAAUAUUUAUGUUGGCAAAUUUUCCAGAAAUUCAAGAAAAGGUAUACGAGGAAUUAGUAGAAAUUUAUGGCACGCAAGAUCCAAAAACCGUGCCUGUCAAGUUCGAAGAUUUACAGCAUAUGAAUUACUUGGAACGCGUUAUCAAGGAAACACUGAGACUCUUUCCUAUUGGGCCUAUUAUUGGACGACGACUUGAUGAAAAUUUACAAAUAGGAGAAUAUAUUUUGCCGGAAGGCGCUGAAGUUGGCAUAGGAAUAAUACAUAUGCAUCGAAAUGAAAAGUAUUGGCUAAAUGCAUUGACGUUCGAUCCAGAUCGAUUUCUCCCGGAGAACAUGAAGAAUAUUCAUCCUUAUUGUUACAUACCUUUUAGUAAUGGUCCAAGAAACUGUAUAGGCUCAAGGUAUGGAAUGAUGUCUAUGAAAGUACUCAUUUCAACUUUAUUACGUACAUUCAUAUUAAAAGUGGACAAAAGGAUGGAAAUAAAUGAAAUAGAGUUGAAGGUAGAAAUGAUGUUAGCAUCCCGUAAGCCUUUAAAAGUCAGAAUUGAAAAGAGGAAUUAACGGCACAAUAAUGUAAAAACGUGUACGCAGUGGAAAAUAGGAAUUAUUUUAUUAAUAUAAUUAAGAAUAAUAAUUUGUUGUUAUUUUUAAGUAAAUUGGUGAAUGUAUAAUAUUACAAUAUUAUGUAUAUUAUUACAAUAUGUAUUACUAUUACAAAAUAUAUAAAAGCAAACAAAUUAAAACAUGGAGCGCAAAGGACUAAUGUGGGGAAAUCAA